GCAGUUUCUGCUUUCUUGCAAAUCCCUCUCUCUCUCGCUCGCUGCUCAAUAACAUAGAGCUCAUCCACAAAUCCGCCAUAUGAACAAAAGCGUUUCUAUCCUGAGUAUCCUCUGACGCUCGAAGAGCAACUUGCGGGCUUUCCUCCAUCUCCUUCUUCUCUUUAAGAUCAUUUUCUGGCUACACUCCCUGAUCUCUUCUGUUAGUAAACAAACAUCAGGUACCAUGCUGGAGUCCGACCCAUUCCGUGACUUCUCAAAGCAUGAGGACCCCUCCAUCGCCCUCCCAUGCUCGUACAUUUCUCUUCCCGAUGGACCUCACACCCGGGAAUUAGCUUCGGCGAGGCGCAUGCCACCCAAGGGGGCUAUAUUCAAGGUCUUUUCUGGGGUUUUGAUGCUCGCUUCAUUCUUCGCCAUUAUCGUCGGUGGUAGGAACUCAGAUGUCCAUGCAAAUGGGAAUGCGUUAUUGGCUACAUCGACAUCAUCGAUGGCGUCGGAGCCGUUGCGGCCGGUGUCCCGUGGGGUAUCCGCUGGCGUCUCGGAGAAAGCGAACCGCGUAUUUUCCGGCAUCGAAGUCGUUUCGUUUCCAUGGAACAAUACCAUGUUGUCAUGGCAGAGGACUGCUUACCAUUUCCAGCCGGAGAAGAAUUGGAUGAAUGAUCCUAACGGCCCUAUGUACUACAAGGGAUGGUACCACUUUUUUUACCAAUACAAUCCUAAUGGACCAGUGUGGGGUGACAUAGUCUGGGGCCAUGCCGCGUCCAAGGACCUGAUCCAUUGGCUUCAUCUCCCUUUAGCAAUGGUUGCUGAUCAGUGGUAUGAUUUGAACGGUGUUUGGACUGGUUCUGCUACACUCCUUCCUGAUGGCCGAGUUAUCAUGCUUUACACUGGAUCCACCAAUGAAUCCGUGCAGGUUCAAAAUCUUGCAUAUCCCGCCAACCUAUCUGAUCCCCUCCUCGUAAACUGGGAGAAGUACUCCGGCAACCCCGUUCUUCGCCCUCCGCCGGGCGUUGAUUUGAAGGACUUCCGUGACCCGACAACGGCUUGGUAUACAUCAGAUGGGAAAUGGAACAUUGCCAUAGGGUCCAAGGUUAACAAAACAGGCAUUACUUUGAUAUACCAUACUGAGGACUUCAAGAGCUACGAGCUUUUAGAUGGGGUACUGCAUGCUGUCCCUGGCACUGGAAUGUGGGAAUGUGUGGACUUCUAUCCUGUGUCGAAGAUAUCUGGAAAAGGUUUGGACACGUCGGCUAAUGGACCUGAAGUGAAGCAUGUAUUGAAGACAAGUCUUGACAAUGAUAAGAACGAUUAUUAUGCAAUUGGGACUUAUGAUGAGAAGGCUGGUAGAUGGGUUCCAGAUAACUCAAAAAUUGGUAUUGAAUUGAGGUAUGACUAUGGGAUAUUUUACGCUUCCAAGUCGUUUUAUGAUCUGCAUAAGGGAAGGAGGGUGUUGUGGGGUUGGAUUAAAGAGUCCGAUAGUGAAAUAGCGGAUGUGAAGAAGGGCUGGGCAUCGGUUCAGAGUAUUCCAAGGACAGUCUUGCUUGAUACAAAAACUGGUACUAAUUUGCUUCAAUGGCCGGUGGAGGAGGUAGACAGUUUGAGAUUGACCAGCAGAGAGUUUGAAAGGGUGGAGGUCAAGGCAGGAUCUGUUGUUCCACUAGAUAUUGAUGCAGCCACACAGCUUGAUAUUUUCGCCGAGUUUGAGUUAGAUAAGGAGGCUUUGGAGAUGACAGCACAAACCAAUGUGGAAUUCAGCUGCAGCACCAGUGGUGGAGCUGCUGAACGGGGUGCACUGGGACCCUUUGGACUUCUUGUGCUUGCAGAUGAUAGCCUUUCCGAGCAAACUCCUGUGUAUUUUUUUGUUGCCAAAGGAACUGAUGGCAAUCUCAAAACUUUCUUCUGUGCGGAUCAAACAAGGUCGUCCGAGGCAACUGAUGUUAAUAAACAAAUUUAUGGGAGCUCUGUUCCAGUACUAAAAGAUGAAAAAUUAUCUGUGAGGAUACUGGUGGAUCAUUCAAUAGUAGAAAUCUUUGCUCAAGGUGGGAGAACAUGCAUCACAUCGCGUGUUUAUCCAACAAAGGCAAUCUAUGGGGCUGCUCGGCUAUUUCUAUUCAACAAUGCUACUGGUGCCAGUGUGACUUCCUCAGUCAAGAUAUGGCAGAUGAAUUCUGCAUUCAUACGCCCCUUCCAGCCUGGCCAAGAUGCUUAAAUUGGUUCAAGAAACAGAAGAUGGUGAUAAAAACAAGAAGCGCUUCUUUGGCAAUCUGCAUAAUGCAUCAAAAGUACCAACUCCAAUCAUUUUUUUUUUGGUCUGGUGGGAAGGGAAUAAAAAAGAACAUAGAUUUAGGAACCUGUUGCGGCAUAACACAAGAUUAAUCACAACGAGCAUCUGCAAUCGGUGCAUUGAAGAUUGAGUUUGAUGCCCUGUUUUGUAGCAUUAGUUCGAUGCCAUAUUUUUUCCCCAUAUAAGUGAAAAGGGUCAAUUUCUUA